GCUUCUUGAGCAAAACUCAUAGCAGAGCACAUCCGCCCUGUGCGUCUUGUAGAAGAGUUCAGAGGGCUUUACUGAAGGACACGGCUAAGUCUCUUGGAUCUUGUUGGUUGAAAAUUUUGUUCUGCGUGGGAGGAAACAGUGUUUCUAAACGUCGAUCUCAAAAUGGACGCCCUGCUCAUCACUGAGGACAAAGACUGAACACAAGCCCUUCCUAAACUCCUCAUCAUGACCAUCUAAAUGAGAAGACUAUGGAGAAUAUAGUAGACUUAGACUAUCAGGAAUCUGAGCCUUACCUGGAGGCCCAGCAGUACAUCGAGAGAAUGAAGCAGGAGGACGAGGGCGUCUCUAUGAAGAGCGUGGGUCUGGAUGUGUCCGAUCACGGGCUCGUGGGUCUGGAUGUGUCCGAUCACGGGCUCGUGGGUCUGGAUGAGUCCGAUCACGGGCUCGUGGGUCUGGAUGUGUCCGAUCACAGGCUCGUGGGUCUGGAUGUGUCCGAUCACAGGCUCGUGGGUCUGGAUGUGUCCGAUCACAGGCUCGUUGGUCAAGAUGUGUCCGAUCACAGGAUCGUGGGUCUGGAUGUGUCCGAUCUCUCUCCGACCGUGUUCCCGGUCUCUCCUCUCUCUCAUGCCACUGUGCAGUGGGACGCUCCUGAAACUCCCGAGACUCCCGCAGAACCCCCGUCUCCUGGAUCCCACCCUGAACUGGACUACGCUGACGGACCGGCGUUUGACUGGACCUUGAAUCUGCCGUCCGCAGACCUCAAUUAUAUCCCGAAUCAGGACGGCGUGUUUGAUUGGCCGGCUGAAGCCGAAUCAGAAGAGGACGUCAGACUUGCUUCUUCCCAGGCAUGUGAUGCACAGAAAUCAGAUUCACAAACACAGAUGGAAGCUUCACAUGAGGAGUCCUCCACAUCUUCUGCACAUAUCACAGAUUCCAGACCAGAUGUGACUGAAGAGCAUUUUGAUCUUUCUGAUGGUGCUCAGAUCCUUAUGGACACAAAAGACUCAGAGAUUGGACCAGUUCAAGAGAGCUCACAGUCGCAAGAACAGGAGGAACCCGGCAUGUUAGUCCUUCCCAGAAUCCUGUUCACCCAUGAGGAAAGCACAGAUUCAGGCAGUGAAGAGCAAACCGGAGAGUGGACUGAGACCGAAGCCAACAGAGAAUCAGCAGAUGCAAGAACCGGUACUCAGGAUCCGAUUGAAGAACCUGAGGUUGUGGAGAAGGAAGAGUCCAGUCCUCCAGCGGUCCGGUCGGAUCAGUCACAGAAAACCAUCACUGAUCCACCCGGGCCGCUGUCGGACCUCACCAACGGCUCGGUGGACCUCGAGGAAUCAACACUGACACAAGAGCCAGACAAGAUGAGCACAUCCGUUACAGCGACAGAGAUGAGCCAGAGUAAUGACAUUCAUGGCUUAGACCGAGCGAAAUAUAGAGAACAGCUGGUAAACUCAGAGCAAAAGGUUGAGCCUGAAAACGGGCUUCCAGCAGAAGCACAAGAGUCUGAGCCGAGAGAGCCAGCGGAGCGGGUCCGGUGUUCAGGUGAGCAGAAACCCUGCCAGCAGACGCCAGGAUCAGAGUCCAGUGACCGGACACAGGCGGCGGAAGAGGAUAUGACAUCAGAGCAGCGCAUGACAUCAGAGGAGGAUAUGACAUCAGAGCCGCGUAUGACAUCAGAGGAGGAUCCGGAUACUAACCCUGUGGGUCGCUGCAUGAACGGCAGUGCCGAGGCGGGGAGCCGGGCCGAGGCUCAACGCUUGGCUGAGCGGCUCUACAGACUGGACGGGUUUCAGCGCACAGAUGUGGUCAGGCAUCUGGACAAAGACAACGAGUUCAGUCGUGCUGUUGGGGAAGAGUACCUCAAGUUCUUCGACUUUACCAACCAGACUCUGGAGCAAGGCCUGCGGUCGUUUCUGAAGGUGGUUGUUCUGACGGGUGAGACUCAGGAGCGCGAGAGAGUCCUGCAGCGCUUCUCCUCUCGUUUCCAGCACUGUAAUCCUGAGGGAUUCUCCUCGGGGGGAUCCGUGCUCACGCUCACCUGUGCCGUAAUGCUGCUCAACUCAGACCUGCACGGACAGAAUGUCGGGAAGUCCAUGUCCAUGGCUGAAUUUGUGUCAAAUCUGGACGGCAUGAAUGGAGGCGAGAAUUUCAGCAAGGACUGUCUGAAGAGUCUCUACAGCUCCAUCAAGAGCGAUCCGCUUCAGUGGGCCGUAGAGGACGAAGUUCUGGCUAAAUCCCUGAUGCUCGAGCAGGACCUGGAGCAGGACGGGCACCUGCGAUCGAAGAGUAACCCCUUCCAGGAUCUCCCUCACGAUAGGAAGGCCACGGUGUUCCAGAAAGGCUUUUUAAAGCGUAAAGCACAUGCAGACAUCGAUGGCAAACGCACUCCGUGGGGGAAGCGCAGCUGGAAGACGUUCUACGCCAUGCUGAAGGGAAUGGUGCUGUACCUGCAGAAGGAUGAUUACGGGAAGGACUGCCAGAGCUCGGAGGAGGUGGUCAGUGUUCAUCACGCUCUGGCCGAGCGAGCCCUGAACUACACCAAACGCCCGCACGUGUUUCGCCUGCAGACGGCCGACUGGAGAGUCUUCCUCUUCGAGGCUGCGUCCACAGAGCAGAUGAACUCGUGGAUCGGCCGGAUAAACCUGGUGUCGGCGCUUCACUCCUCUCCACCGUUCCCUGCAGCGGUCGGGUCCCAGAAGAGGUUCUGCCGGCCCAUCUUACCCGCGACACAGUCCAACCUCACGCUGGAGAAGCAGCUUCAGUCGCACGGGUCCAUGUUGCAGAGCUUCCAGCGGGAUCUGUGUGUUCUCCAGGAGGAGUUCGGGAUCGAGAGCCGGAAGAGCAGAGCCAGAGAACAGGAGGAGCUCCGGCAGAGAGAGGAGUACCUGCAGUACGAGAUGUCUCGUUACGAGGUGUACAUGAAGGUGCUGGAGGCCUGGCAGACGCUGUCGGACUCACCGGUGGGAGACCGGCUGAUGGAGCUGGAUGAGGGAUUGUGGACAGGAGUGAUGGACGAGGAGAACGAGGAAGACCCCGGGAUGAAGAGAUCGCACUCCAGCCCGUCUCUGGAGUUAGAGACGCCUCCUCCGCCCGUCGUGAAGGUCCGACGCAACAUCUCAGAGAGACGCACAUAUCGAAAGAUCGUCAUUCCUCGGAGGAACAAGGAGAUUUGAAAACUUUUGGAAACUGUUACCCACAAACUGUCAAGACAUUAUUGAUGCACUUGAAACCUUUAAAGUUUGACAUCAUUUAAUAUAUUUUUAAUGUUUGUCUCUUCCAAGGUAAAAAAUAGCAACAACUGUAGUCUUUUUAAAUAUACAGUAUUUUUGCACAAAGCUCUUAUUAUUUGACCCUCUUCAUACUGUCCACAAGAGGGAGAUGUUGCUCAAGAUGUUUAAAUGAAGGACAAUAACUAUCACAGUUCAGUAAGAGUUUAACUAACGUGUGGUCAGCAGAACCACAGUAAUCAGUGAAGCAGAGAUGCAGUGUGUUCAGUGCUGUCACUCAGGAACACUUGUUCCAGACACAUUUUUCUCUGUUUAAAUCAUGGUGAUAAAGAGAUCUCUGAUCGUGCCACUGCUGAA